AUGAGUUUUUUCAAAUUGAAGAGAUGUCGAAGUAAUGAAAGUCAGAAUGCAAAUUUGGAUCUUAGCCAUUAUAAGCGGCAAAAACUGAUAGAAGAUCUAGGCAAAUUGUCACUUGAUGACCAUCCGCUGACUUACGAUGGUUAUAAUGACCCAUCCACAAGUGGUACCAAAGAACUGACAAAUUUGACAGUUCUACCAAAUGCAGUAAAGUUUAAACCCUGGAAAUCUCUGAAACGACAAAUUCGUCACAAUAAAGAUGAUAAUGAUGAUGACAAUGAUGUUGACAAUUCUAGUAGCAUACUAUUUACUAAAUUUAUUGAAAUGGCAAAAAUGGAAUCCAUGCAAUUAGUGAAAUGGUAUGAUCAGGAGAAAUUAAUAUAUUGGGUUUGGUGGAAUUGGAACAACAAAUUACUAGAUUCAUGUAAUUCAAUAGAUUAUGACGUCGACACUGAUGUUGACAUGGAUCAAGAUAUAACUGACAUGGAUUUUGAUAUGGAUGAGAAUAUAUAA